CCAAGAAGAAGAAGCCCCGCACAUCGUUCACCAGACUACAGAUCUGCGAGCUGGAGAAGAGGUUCCACCGACAGAAGUACCUGGCAUCGGGCCGAGAGGGCAGCCCUGGCCAAAGCACUUAAAAUGACAGACGCCCAGGUAAAAACCUGGUUUCAAAACAGAAGGACUAAAUGGAGGUAA